UGCUGACGGUUACUUACUUUGACUGUUAAACGGUUAUGAAACGGAGUUCCGAUUAUAUUUAUAUUUGUUAUUUAAUUCAAUUAAUUAACGAGACGAACCGUUAUAACUUGUGUUUAAGUUGCGAGCUGCUAAACUGUGUACUAGUGUCUUGUGUGCGAGCGACGGGCGUCUUCUUUUAAUGAGAUACUUUUGUGGUCCUGAUUGAGCGUCACUGAAAAUGGUUAGAGUGGAAAGACCGAGGCAGGUCGGGCAGAAGGGUCCGUCCACUGCUCUUGCACCAUCGAAGAGCGGAUCAACGCAAAACAUGGCUGCAAACGUCAAGGUUGUUGUAAGAGUUAGGCCUUUGAAUGAGAGGGAAUUGGAAUCGAACACCCGCGUCGUCGUAGACGUGGUGGACGAUAAGAUGCUAGUAUUCGACCCUAAAGAGGAGGCCCAGCCUUUUUUCUACCAAGGAGUCCAACAGCCAAACAAAAACUUUUUAAAGCGCGCCAAUAAAGAGUUAAAGUUUGUGUUCGAUCAUGUUUGUGGGUUGGAUGCGACAAACAAAGAUGUGUUUGAGACAACUACAAAGGAUAUUUUGGCGUCUUUAAUGGAGGGCUACAACUGUUCAGUGUUUGCGUAUGGUGCUACAGGCGCAGGGAAGACAUUCACUAUGAUUGGCAACAAUGAGCACCCGGGCAUCUCAUAUUUGACUAUGGAACACUUAUUCUAUACUAUAAACUCUUUCGAGCAUGAAAGGGAAUUUGAUAUUGGAGUUUCUUACAUUGAAGUAUACAAUGAAAAUGUUUACGACUUACUAAAACCAUCAAGCACACCGCUACAACUGCGAGAAGACUCCAAGUACGGCGUGAUGGUCGCCGGCCUGACCCUGGCCAACAUCAAGACUGCUCGGGAACUGCUCAACAUGCUGGAGAACGGCAAUAAGAAUAGGACACAGCAUCCAACGGAUGCUAAUGCUGAGAGUUCCAGGAGUCAUGCUGUUUUUCAGGUAUACGUACAAAUGCGCUACAAGACGAGCAGCCAGCUCCGCAUAGUGAAGCUCUCGAUGAUAGACCUGGCGGGCAGCGAGCGCGCGUCGGCCACGGGCUGCGUCGGCGACCGCUUCAAGGAGGGCGCUAACAUCAACAAGAGCUUGCUGUCUUUGGGCAACUGUAUCAACAGGCUUGCUGAUGGUAGCAGUUAUAUCCCUUACAGAGACUCAAAACUCACCCGGCUCCUAAAGGACAGUCUCGGCGGUAACUGCAAGACAGUUAUGAUCGCCAACGUCUCCCCAGCAAGCAUCAGUUACGAAGACACGUACAACACACUGAAAUACGCAGCCAGAGCCAAUAAAAUACAACUGAGCAUUAAAAAGAAUAUUGUUGACGGUGACAUGAGGCUCUCGCAAUAUGUUAAGAUUAAUGAGGAGCUGAAGAAAAAGGUUAAGGAAUUGGAGGCGAAACUUUCGUUGUCUAGUGUUAAAGUGGUGUCGAGGGAACCGGAUAGGGCGAGGGAGAAAGCUGUCCAAGACUGGCGCAAGCGUAUCUCCGAGGCGGAGGCAGUGCACGGCGCAGUAGAGGAGUCGCUGCUGAGGCUGAUGAGCCGGCAGCGCGUGCUGGCGCUGCGGCAGCGCCUACGCACGCGCGCCUUCUCGCACGUCGCCGACCUCGCGCACCGCUCCUCCAGCGAGGCUAUGGAACAGAUGUGCACAGAAGAAAUACCACGUCAAGAACGCGCAGCUGAAAGUUACAUGAAACAAUCUGUACAUUUGGACUCCAAAGUUAUGACCGCAUGGACCAAAUGGGACGAUAGCAAAAAGAAACUGAACACUCUUUGUGAACAAGCUCUCUCCGCCUGUCCCGAAUUAACCGACUUUAUUGACAAAGUACACUUAAACACCGAAUUAAGACAGAUAAAUGCUAGAGACAGUUUAAGGCAGAAACUCAUGUCCAUACAAUAUGGAGAGAUCGACGCGUUCACCGAAUACAUGAGCGAGAUGCCCAGUAUGUUGAAAAAACUGUAUCUAACGCUCAAAGGCUAUGACAAAGUACCGCCAGCACUAGCGUCUGAGUACAUAGAAAUUAUGAAGAAGGCUAAAUCAGCUAAAGGCAUAAAAUGGUCGGAUGAUGGCCACGAAGGCGACGCACACUUCAAAUUCAUCUCAACGUUAGACCUAAGCAAACCAUCAACGACAUUAGAAUCCAGUUUCUCAAAAAAAGACGACAUCCCCGUAGACAUAACUGACAGUGAUGACUUAACCGACGUAGAAAAUAAAGAUCCUAUCAGGUUAUCAGCGAAAAAACGCAAAGGAACACCAAUUAAACUGCCUAAUAACGAAACCAUUAUAAUUAAUGACUCCUUCGAGAGUUUAGACACGACGAGAAACUUGAAUUCUGCAAAGAAAAUCAAGAGAGAAUAUGACAUGACAGCUGACGUUGAGAACUACGGUCCCAUAGACCCUAAGGACUUGAAUUCGACGUUUGUUUUGACUGGCAAGAUGGAGGAAGCUUUAAAGAAGGCGGUGAAGACAGAAUUUAAGACUGAAAUUGUUCCAGAGAAGAGGGGGCUCAUGGAUAGGACGAAUACCAUGCCGAGAGCGAUCAACUUCGGCGAUAGAGCCAAAAUAGUAAAGCCAGUGGUCGGCAAGGCGAUGCCGUUCCGUCGGCCGGCGCCGCAGCCCAACCCGCCUGCUCGAAGCUUCGGCUUCGGCUCCAGCGUGCCUAGAGACGCGCAAGCGCAGAGGAACGUACAAGACUCGUUGGGUCGUGGCAAGACGAAUGUCACUCAAAAGUCAGUUGGUUACAAAGCAGUGAGAGCGCGGGACCGCUUCCAGUCGCAUCCAUACUCGCGGCCGCCGCCCAUCUCCAGGAAGUGAACACAGGAACACAACCAAACUGUACAGAGUAGGCUAGGUAACACGUUUGUACUAUUAGCACGUCCCUAGUUAAGAUAAUUCGGAUUAUAAGAACAUUUCUAGAUAAUAAAAAUAAAUGAACAAAAUCCUGCCCUGUAAAUUAAAAUUUUAUUGAACUAAAAUAUUUAAUUUAGCCGUCACACAGGAUUAGUUAAUUAAAUAUGUAAAUUAUAAUUUUAGAAUACGUUACGAUAUUUUGGGACUUGAAUUAUGUAACAAAUUAAUUAGGCAACUAAUUAAUGUUGAACAAAAAUGUUUGUAAAGGCUUCGAAAUUUCUAAUAUACGUUUUGUAUAGUCGAAGUUUGUUACUAAUUACAGUUUGUACACAAAACAAUUUCACGGAUCUGUAGGUAUAAGAUAUUCAAAUAACAUUCGUGAAAAUAAUACGUUUUGGACUUUCAAUAUGUACUCAAAGUUUGUGGUGUGUAUAUUCGCGAAGUUUCGGCUGAAAUUUAAUCUAAAUCGGUUAGUAUUGGCAUACGUCAGACUUAUUGAAUGUGUCGCUUCAAUUUGAUGGUCGCUCUGCAAAGCUUAGUUUUGUCCACUCAGGAUUACUAACACUGUGGCAUAAUUGAUCUAAACUCUUUUGAUCUAAAAUAUUUGCUCUAACAAAUAGACUUAUGAAAGUAUUGACAUUUAUAAAAUGGGUGUCGAAAAUAAUAACUGACGAACACUUAUUAACAUUUGGACUUUAUUUAUAGUAGCAACCGUAAUUUUGGACAAUUGAAUUCGAGAAGUAUCGUGAUAAUCAGAAGCUUCUCUAUGUGUAAGCUUAUUUUUUGAAAGAAAUAUAGUAUUACACAUUAAUGUGGCUCUUUGUUAUCGCGAUGUUUUUUUAAAUAGUAUUAAUUUCCAUGACAAAAUUUACUUUUAAUGUCAAAAAUAAAACUGAGUUAUGAUAAAAAUGUUUAACCAAUUGAUUUGGUUCCAUAUUAUAAUUUACCAAGACAUUAUUAACUACAAGUUUCGACUUUCAUUCAAAUUAACUUUAUAAAGGCACCUGAUUACUGAUGUAUUCUUUCGUUUUCUUGACGUCUUCAAAAACUUCGUUUCUAUCAUUUUUAUUAAGUGUAGCUAUAACAGUAGUUUUAAAAUAUUGCUUUAAUAUUUGUAAAGGUUUUGUACUCAUAUUGAUGUUUUACAAAAUGUAUUAUUUAUUGUUUUUUAUAACUUAUUGUAACUCUAGAUUUUUAUUGAAUACCUUCUUGUAAUUUUUUACCAAACUAUUGAAUAAGGUUUAAUAUAUUCCAUCUAUUAAGCUGCGUCUUAAUUGUUGUGAGAUAUAUACUUUACCGCAAAGGAAUACGAAUAUGUUUUCGUGUUUUACAGAAUUUUUCUACCACAAUUUCUAUAACUUCAUUUCUAAAGCUUUGUGUCAACUGCGCAAUGAAAUCGAAACGAGAAUUUCAUACUUUCGGAGGUUGUCACAACUUCGUUAAAUGACAUCACUAAUAAAGUAUUCUUGCCGAUAUAUUUUUUAUAUGAAAUUGUACUAACUUAGAUUUACUUUUGAUACAUAGAUUGUUUUUCUACACGUAUUAGCUUUGCAUUUACUUGCGCCUUUGUAAAUGAUAAAUUUCUUGUACAUGAUAUUUAGAAUGUAUAAAAUAACUAGGACAGGGGUAUAUUUCUUUACAUAAUAAUAAAUUUUAAUAAACUUAUAUUGCACUGGGUUUAAAAUGCAAACAAAUAUUGAACUAUAAAUAAUACAAUAGGUUGACAUCAAAGAUUGGAUAAACUUUUCAAGUUGGUUUCGUUUGGGAAGUGUCUUCUCUUAAUCAAUCAGCCACGCACCCCUGUUGUAAGAAUAUUACAUUGUAACUAAUAUUUAAUUUAAUUCUCAUGAAUAUUAACUCUAAUGACUGAAUAUUAUUUUGUAUUUUGUUUUCUAAGAUUUAAUUAUGAUUAUGAGCAAGUUUAAUUAAAGUGAUUUGAACACCUGA